AAUCAAUAACCCCAAACGUUGUGCUGUCUUCCAACCUCAACGGCUAGUUUCUACCCUCUUCAUCAUCACCAUAUAUAAAUAACAUACAAUAACCCAAGCAAUCCCAUCAAUGCAAACCACCCCUCUCUGAUUCUAACACACCACACUCAGCUAUCAGAAAAAUUACCAUGGCUGCUUCCUCAAGAACUGUUUCUGCUUCUCUACUCUUCAUGUUCUUUCUCUUUGGCUUCUCUGCAGCUAAAGAACUCUUGGUUGGAGGCAAUGUAAACGCAUGGAAGAUUCCAUCUUCUGAAGCAGAUUCACUCAAUAAUUGGGCUGAGAAGUCUCGUUUCAAUGUCGGCGAUCAUCUUGUAUGGAAAUAUGAUGGUGGGAAAGACUCAGUUUUGCAAGUGAACAGACAAGAUUAUGCUAACUGCAACAGCUCAAACCCUAUUGAAAAGUACAGUGAUGGGAACACUAAGGUGAAGCUAGACCGUCCUGGACCAUUCUACUUCAUCAGUGGAGCAAAGGGUCAUUGUGAGAAGGGACAAAAGCUAGUUGUGGUGGUUAUUACUCCAAGGAGAAGAUACAGUGCAGUUUCCCCUGCACCUUCUCCAGCACCUUCUUCAGCAGAGUUAGAAGAAAGUCCAGCUGUUGCUCCAACUAGCAGUGCACCAGUUCUGCAAACUGGUUUUGCGACUGCUCUGGGACUAUUAGCUACUAUUUCUGUUGCUUUUCUCAUGUGAACCGUAACAUCAUCUUAUUAGUCUUUUUGUUAUAGUAUGUAUGUAGCUAUUCAUUAUAUUUAUUUUUCCUGAACUUAUAAAUAAAAAUCUUAUAUUUGAUUCA